UCAUGAAAAUAAAGCUGUAUACAAAAACCUCAAGAAGUCAGAUCUUUUACUUGGAUUUCAAUGUUCCUGUGGCUUCAGGCAGUGGGAACUUCACUGGAUUGCUACAACCUGUCAAAUGUGGCUUAGACACUUGUUUCCCACAAGAUGCACAGAUUGUCAUAUCCCAUGGAGUUGUGCACCUUCAGCCUCCUUGGAUGGUCCUGUACCUGAUCCUCUCCUCAUUCUCCCACUCCUGCCUUUGCCUCCUGUGACUCAGGCGGUGUGGAUGGAGCACUUGCUAGUGAAGAUCAAGAAAAGAAUAUGGCAAAACUUGUGACAGCAUCUGAUAAAAGAACUUGAUUUUUAAUUUGCUUGCACAGACUGGAGACCUGCUAGAAAGCACCCUUGUGCCAGAGAAGAAACAUGGACAUCAGUUCAGUUGCAGGUACUCCUCUUAGUACGUGGAGUAAUAAUUAAUGUGACUCUGAGUGUGUGAGAAAUCUUUUUGUAAAAAUUACAUGACAGGUCUGGUGAUGCAAAGACUUUUUUACUCUUGGUUUCUCUAUUCAGUGAGGAAAUUUUCAUUAUUUUCCUAACUGUAGAGGUCUUCAUUGCUGGUAGCACUUCCUGAUUUAACACUAGAACAAAAGUUAUGGCAAAUCAAGAGUGGAAAAAUGGAACAGUUGUUACAGAGUUCAUCCUCCUAGAUUUUGGGAAUGGCCCUGAACUGGAUUGUCUUCUCUUCCUGAUAUUUCUGUCGAUCUACUUUGUGACCAUAACUGGGAACACGUGCGUCGUUGUGCUGGCGGUGGUUAACCAGCACCUCCACACCCCAAUGUACUUCUUCCUGGGCAAUUUGGCCUGCUUGGAGAUCUGCUACAGCUCCAGUAUCUUGCCAAGGAUGUUGCUCAGCUAUGCAGGUGGAGACAGGCGCAUUUCAGUCAGGGGGUGUUUCACACAGUACUAUUUCUUCGGCUGCCUGGCAGGUGCAGAGUGUUACCUGCUGGCCGCGAUGUCCUACGACCGGUACCUGGCGGUGUGUGAGCCCCUGCACUACCCAUCCCACAUGGACACCAGGCUCUGCCUCCGCCUGGGCGCUGCAUCCUGGGUCAGUGGCUUUCUGUCUAACUCCAUACUGACGUUGCUGAUCUCAAAUUUGGAUUUCUGUGGGCCGAAUGAAAUCGAUCAUUUCUUCUGCGACUCCUUCCCGGUGAUGAAACUCUCUUGCAGUGACACCUGGGUGGUGGGAUUUGUCACUUCUGUCGUGGCAGGUGUGUGCUCGCUGCCUCCAUUCCUGCUGACCUUCUCAUCCUAUCUCUGCAUCAUUGUCACAGUCGUGAGAAUUCCUUCUGCCACUGGAAGGAAAAAGGCCUUUUCCACUUGCUCCUCACAUCUGAUUGUGGUGAUUCUUUUUUACUGGUCAAUAGUAGUUGUCUACAUACUCCCUUAUCACGAUUCCCACAUAUUGCCAAACAAAGUCUUCUCUGCUUUUUACACCAUUCUCACCCCCUUGGUCAACCCUCUCAUCUACAGUCUGAGAAACAAAGAAAUAAAGAAAGCUCUGCAGAAGCAUAUGAGAAAAUUGCUGGCUUUCUGAAGGCUGCUUUCUGUAACAAAAAGUAAGGGGUAAUGAUCCUUAAUGAGUUACAGACGCAAUUACAUUGCAUGUGAAUGUAGUUAGUGUGAAUAAAGCUUGGAAAUAUGUAGGUGUAUCUCUUAA